AUAAGUUAAGUUUUGAUGAAGAAAAGUGUCAAUUUCAAAACAAGUUCAUUAUCAGAUAGAUGCGCAGGAGUAAACAAUGGGGCGACGUCACAACUUAGAACAAUAACAAUGAUUGUGUCACCUAGUCUGGUCUACACUUGUUAUUACCAAGAACAAAACUGUUGGUCUCCUUCCAUGAUGUCGAGACGAAAUGAAACGAAUGCGUUUAGAAAACUCGGCGCGAAAGAGCUGGAGCCUGAUGGACCGUAGGACGGACACAGAAGUUCUGCAAGAAAUGGGUGUCAGUUUAUUAGAACAAGAUGAUAGUGAAAUACAAUGUGAAACUACUACUAAGAGUCUAAAGAGAAAACAUGACAUAGAGAAUGUGAAUCCAAAUGUUAACUAUGUGGCAUCACCAAAGAGUUGUAACACUAAAUAUGCUAAGACAAAAUUUAGUCCCUGUCCUGGUACUUCGAAAAUUAGCCCAAGGAGUUGUGAAAAAGCUCCUCUCCAAGAGAUCCUAGAAACAUCAUUCACAGAUGAAUAUCUCAUUGAAGAGGAGACCCCAUUAAAUCAAAUAGGGGCAGACUGUUAUACUAAAGGAGGCUACAGUGUCACCAGUACUGGAGGACGAAAGCUUAACACUACAUUAAUAGGUGUAGAAGAAGAAGCGAUAUUAUCCCGUCGAUCACGAGAGGAGCCCCAAGGAGAAGAUUCCUUUCGUUCGUUAUCAGAUGAAGUAAUACUUAGUGUAUUUAAAUGGCUUCCCAAACGGACACUCGCUCACUGUAUGAUGGUUUGCAAACGAUGGUAUAGAGUGGCGUGCGAUGAAACACUAUGGCAAAGACUGGACCUAGGAAAUAAGACAUUAUCUAAGAACUCCAUCGGCAGGAUAUUGAGUCGAAAACCUGUUAUAUUAAGACUCUCUAGCUCUGAGAUCGGUACAUGGCAACCAGAAACAGUGACCCCAUCCCGACUUCAGUAUUUAGAUCUAAGCAUGUGUUCAAUAGACUGUGGUACACUCGAAUGUUUGUUGGAACACUGUCCGGCGUUACGGAAGCUCAGUGUUGAAAACUUGAAUUUAAGUAGACGGGCCUUGGGUUUAAUAGGUAAAUGUAAUUAUAUGGAAACGUUAAAUUUAGCGAUGUCUCAAGGAAUAGAUCAGGACGGUCUUAGAGAUAUACUCAAAGGAUGUAUUAAUUUACAGUCGCUGAACAUAUCGUGGUGUAAUUUAGCAGAGAGUACUCUCCAGGAACUAGUUGAGACGCUCCCGCAGAAGCUUCUGAGGCUUAAUAUCAGCGGUGCUAGGAAAAUGACCGAUGAAAUGGUAUCAGCUUUAGUGACACGAUGUCCCCGUCUACUCGAAUUGGAUCUGUCGGACUGUUCUUCACUGGGAAAGGACGCGCUGACCGCACUACUUCCGCUGUCGAGGCUUGAGCAUUUAGCACUUAGCCGAUGUUACUUAUUACCACCGCAUGCGCUCACUAAGCUGAGCAGUAUGUCGUCCCUGCAGUACUUGGAGGUAUGGGGCAUGUUGCCCUCAACAUCUCUUAACGUGCUCAAGACCACUCUUCCAGCUAUACAAGUCAACAAAUUUAUGUUCAGCGCAAUAGCACGACCCACAAUUGGUACGAAACGUACAUCUAUAUGGGGACUUCGUACCAGAGACUGAAAACCUGACCAAAUUAAUAAUAUAUACUAUAGAAAUGUGAAUAUGUUUCAAAACCAUGUUAUAUUUAAUUUUAUAGUAGCAAUAUUUUAAUAUUUAGAAGUUAAACUAAAACCCUUACAUAAUGUAUUCAGUGGAGGGUAUCGGAGAUUUUACAAUUAUUGAUAUAGAUAUGUUGAUUUUGUUCAAUCUAAUAUGUUAAUAUGUCAAAGAUUCGCAUCCUUAUGACAGGGUAAUCAACCGGACAUUUAUAUGUCCAUUUCAUUUAUUUUCCAAUUUAUAUAAACAAACGGAUAGUAAAUUUUAUAAAUAUUUAUAGAUUUCUCAUUAGAUAGACAUUAGAUAGAUUCUCAUAGAUUAGAUAGUAUUGAAGGAAAGCUAAAAUUCAUAGACAAAUUACUCCUCAUGUGACUUCGGAGCUUUUUGAUAAUAUUUAUUUUAAAUGAAAGCGCUGUAUUAAGUCAAUCAAAGUAAAGAUUCAUACAUACUCAAGUUCUAUCUAAAGUACUGAUCUUUUCUCAUGACUUAAAAGUGGCGUUUUAUAAGUGAAACAAACAAAAAGAGGGUACUAGCCAUAGAGCAAGUGAUCAAUUUGUCUCUGAAUCUUAGCCUAGAAACGGAAUUUUUCGAUGUACGAGAGAGACGGAAGGUGAGUAAGACAGAGAAAGGUAUACAUUUUAUCAAUUGUAUCGUUCCUAUAUAGCCGACUGUAUUAUUUUGGGAUGCUUUUAGAAUUGGUAUAUUAUUCAAAGAUUUAUAUCAAAGUUUUUUAAGUACAUAUAUUCUAUAUUAUAAGGAAUGGUUUUGGGUAUAGGUCCACAGAUAACACAGCACUGCCAUGUCAAACUAAGAAUUUGACAAAUCAACUCAAUGU